AUUCAAAAAACAGUAUACUCACUCUACUAUCUUUCUUUUAGAAGACGAUGGGCCCCUGAGAAAUUCAAGUUGCGUGAUAGCAAAAAAGUUCCUCUGAUGGUAUUCGGUGACGGCAUGUUCAACAAAUCUUCCGUUCAUUUGAAGGGCCUUAGAGCUGGUAUCGUUGGUGUUCUUUGGCGUGUAUUGAAGCGAAGAGUGUCUACCGGCGAUCUACUAGUAAUAACCAUUGUUGAAUAUCUUACUCUCGAACAUGCAACAAUUGCCGCUCCAACACUGUUGAAGCAUUGAAGACAGCUCCAGGCUAAAGUAUCCUUGCCUACAAAGCCUGUUCGAUUCUUUAAAACCGGGACGUGAACGCUGCUAAAAGCAUGUGGGCAAUUAGCGUGUCAAUAUGGAAUUCACGGGAAUACCUACUGAGUUUUGUAGAAAACCAAGGAAGUCACCCGCAUCAACCGCUUAACAGCAUCCUCCAAUCGCCAG